AGUUAGUUAGUUCCUUUGCCUUUUGAACUUCGGUUGCCGGUUCUCUUGUCCAAGUCGUCUCGGCUCGCGAUUUUGGAGUUUCGGUGGGUUUAAAAGUCCCAAGUGCUCAAUUUCCACUCUGAUUAUCUGAAACUCAAUAUGUGAAAUAAGAACUUAUUGCUUAACGCAUUCAUUCUGUUCUACUCGAGACAAUCGUCGCAGUAUUUUGGAAGACCUCCACGUGAGAAUUGAUCAGAUGGUUGUGUUACCUCUGCUCAGUUUCACGUGUUUUUUUACUAAUUUCACUCGUCUAGUCAACCUUGUGAUCUGCCAAUAAUUUGAAGAAUGGAUCACACGAUGUUUGAGUGGAAUGACACAGUUUUGUCGGUAAUCAAAAACCCAGUCUUCCUGCAGAGCUGCUUGGUCGCUUGCGUCAGCAUUGCCUUGCUUUGGAUUGCUCUCAAAACAUUCAAAUUUCUCAGAUCUCAGUUUCCUACCUCCGUGAAUUGCUGGUUUUGUAACAGUUAUUCCAAAGUUCCUGUAGAAAAUAAGAACUCCUGGCAUUGUGAAGUCUGCCAACAAUACAAUGGAUUUGCAGAGGAUGGAGGCUACAAUAAAGUUAUUCCAGAGCAACAUUAUGAAAGUUUAAAUCCUGAUUUUGCAGAGAAAACAAUUCCAAGUCCCAUCAGUUCCUCUAAUGGCUUAUGCAGGAAUUGCAAUCUGAAUCAAGAACUCAAAAGAGCACAGCUAGCCUCAUUUGAACCUCUCGAUCCGAACAAUUAUGACUGGGAAGUAGACGCAUUCAGUGAACUGUUGGAGAAAAACUACAAGCUGUGUCCAUAUUGUGAGAAAAUAGUAUGUAACACAUUGGAAAAUCAGAUAAAAAACUUGAAUAUAAGCCAUUUAAUAACCACUGCUAGUCACAAACUUGCCACUUCCUCUGUGAGAUUUCUAAAUCAUCAGUCAACUCCUGUUGAUCUGAAUGUGUUAUUACGCAGUUCAAGAAACUCAUUAUUUGUCUCCGGUUUACUUUCUAUGCUUUUGUCGGUCGAAAACUAUGAUAAUUCUGCUCUCAAAACUGCACUCAAUGGAAAAAUGGAAGAAAUUUUUAACAUGACCAAUGCUGGCUCUCAGUUUUUGAUGUACACAGACCCUGUUUCAACUUACUUUCUUGAUAAUCAGACCAAGUUCAAUCUUGUUGUCGUGAUUAUGUGCUCAGCCGUUCAAAUUCUAAAACGUUAUGACAACAGAACUUUUCUAGACUACAUAACGCAGUUUAGCUGGAUGGCAAUCCUUUGUUUGCAGGCUUCUUAUAUUUUCAUCAAGUCUUCAUUGGACAUCAGGUCAAUUCAGAUUUUAAUUCUCGCCUUAAUCUUUACUGUAUCUCUCUGGAAGUUUGUUUAUUUCAAGUUCUUUUUCUUCAGACAAAGGAAAAGCUCACCCAAGUCGAACAAAACUUCUCCCAUGACAGUUCCGGCCUCUGUAGAGUCUACCAAAAUUCACCCAAGCUCACCUCCGAAAAUUAGUUUGGAAGGUAUGCCUCAGCCAACCCAAAGAGACAUCACAAAAAUGAAGUCUGGUUUCGAUCAGAACCUGGAAAAUGGUCUUGGUAUUGGAUCCCUAAAUCUCGGACCGAGUCAAUCAACUCCGUCGAACCGAUUCUCAAGGAAUGUUUUCUCCGUUAGCCAUGACAGUUUUCCCUCAAAACGCAAACCUCUCAUUUUACCUUCAAGGCUAAAUAUCAAUUUGAAAAAUGAGCUAAGUGAAGUCAACUUGCCGUUUUCACGGCCAUCUAGUCAAAGCUCAGGUUAUGAGACAAUGAACAAGUCAGGUUUCGAUUCACAAAAUGGCUCUAUAACGGGUGACGAAGACUACGAUGUUCCUCUAAAAAGCAGUCUUCCAUUGCAAGUGUCGAAUUACAGGAUGAGUCCACCCUUCAUGCCCCCUGCUCCAUCACCAUACGAACUCUACACUUACUACCACUUCACUGCCAAGUUUCAAGCCUCAUAUGGAGGACAAUCCCCUCACAAUUUAUCAUCGUGCUCGUCUUGUGUGGGAAGCACAGCUCCCUUGAACUCAAAUAAAUGGUUCUUAUUAGUUUUUCUAAUGUUUCUGUUCAUAGUCUUACAAGAAUCUUUCAUUCUUUACUCAUUAUUGAACCGAUGAUGAAGAUUUUAAUUAGUGUAUUAUAAUCACAGUACUGCCAUCAGCCCGAUGCCAACCACGCAUCUAUGCCAAUUUAACGUUAAUUUUGUUGUAAAUGUUCCCUUUUAUAUCUUUUGCUUGUAAUCAAUCCUUGUAAAUAAUUCCGCUUAAAACAUGUAAAGUAAAACUUUUUCGCCCAGAAAAAUAUCCUGUUCAAUAUAGGUACGUAUUCUUUUCGUUUUUACUGAGCUCUUAUAAGGUUCAGAAUUUGAAUGAUAGUAGUCAAUACUGAUUUAAGUUACUGGUUACAAUCAUUGCAAAUAGGACUUAAAAAUCUUCUAUGAGGAAAAAUUUCUCUGCAGUCCAUCUAUAAAAUUUUGGUCACUGUUGGGGUGGUUCCACUUUUUGCAAAAAGAUGAGAAGUUUUUCAUAGGAAUUGUGUUAAUUUUUUCUCUGCAUUACUAAUUUGCAAAGCAGAUGAGGCAAAAAGGCAAUCAGGCAAUAAAAAAAUUGAUGCAAGAAAUUUAUCAGCACUAAAAUAAGUUAAAAGAUAAUAAAAACAAACAAAAAAAUGUACCUUUGAGGAAGAAUUUUUACUAGCUUGAUACAAUUUAUUUACUCAAGGUAAAAUUCUCUCAACAAGAACAACAUUGUCAAUGCUGGACAAUUCUGCUUGAAAAGCAAGGAAACUCAUCUUCUAGAAUACGAUUAAUGAAAUUGAUAACCAAUGCUCAGAGAUUGUAUUAAUCAUAAAGUCAGCAUAAUUUUUUUCUAGUCCUCAUUUCAGCAGACUUUUAAGCAGUCAAAAAUCAAAUGGACCGAUUUAACUCAAAUUACCCCAAUUACUCAAGACAUGGCCUAGUUUUCCUUGAUGUUUUACUUUGUAAGCAGAAAACCAAGCAGCAUUGAAACUUGAAAUGGAGUUCUUACAUGUGUCAGGUAUUUGCAUUUAAAGUACUUUAUCUGAUUUAAAAUUUUUCGGGAUACACAAUGGUACUACUGAUUUUUUCCAAAAUCAACUCCUAAGCCUUAAAAAAAGCUCUCUAAGUUCAGGCCAUAAUCGAGUGGAUAUCCCACUUUAUGCUGAGAGUUUACCUCCACAUCUAGUCAAACUCUCUAUGCACAGAUAGAGAGCAAAUACAUUAAGAGGGUUGCCACUUUGUUUGGGGACUCAGAAGUUGAAACCAAGGGAACCCUCCUACUGUAUUUGCUCCCUAUCUGUGCAUGGAGAGUUUAAUUAGAUACAGAGGGGGGCUCUCGGCAUAGCACUGAAUAUCCCCUCUAUUACAGCCUGAACUUUGAGGGCUUUUUUUGAGCUUAGGAAUUUAUUUCAGAGAAAACAGUGGCACCAUAGUGUUUCUUGCAAAAUUUCACGUCAGGAAAAGUAUUUAAAACACGAAUGCCUAACGUACACAAGGAAUUCAUUCAUUCAAGGAAAGUUUGAAGGCUUUAAAUACUUCAGUGCUGUUUUAAAAAUUAAAACAUUAGAGAAAAUCAGGCAACGUGAAAUGCAGUUAGGUUCAUUCUAGUUAAGUCCGUCCAAAUCUAUUUCUAAGGCACUAAAAAAAAUAAUAAUUGAUUUAUGUACCUAGCUUGACAUCAUCCAAAAGUUAUGAAAAUGAUUUGACGACCUUUUUAUUCAGAAUUACAUAUUUAUAAUAUUGACAGCAAA